GCCGCUGUGCAAUUCCCUGACUUGUAUUUCUCUGCCAACACAAUCAGUCACAAUGCGAUGCAGCCUUUCACAAGUCUGGACUCGUCAUUUUUUGCAGCGGAGGCCACCUUCUUCACCGGCCCGGUUUAUGUGCGCUUUUCCCCCAUGGAGGAGUAGCCAGAUCGGGGAUCCACCAUCCUGCAGGCUGCAGGGAGAAAACGUUGCAAAUGGUCGGUGUUUCUGGUUCCUUUUGCUGUCAUGUGAACGAGGAUGAGGCGCGUCAACCUGUCGAUGAUGAUGAAGGUGAAGGUGAAACCAUGCGGCUGUGUGGCGCUCCCUAGCCUCCCACCUGAUCACCUGUCCUCCUCCAUCUCCCCUCUCUCCUCCUGAUCACCAUGACGACCACCCUGGAGAUGCUGCUGGUCCAGCCCGACCAGGAGCUGAGCCCCGAGCGACUGGAUGGCUGCGAGGACUUUAGCGGCCGCUACAAGGUGGUUCCCUCCGUCGUCUGCUCCAUGUGCUGUCUCUUCGGCAUCAUUUACUGCUUCUUUGGCUACCGCUGCUUCAAGGCGGUGAUGUUCCUGACGGGCCUGAUGUUUGGCUCUGUUGUUAUCUUUAUGCUCUGCUACAAGGAGCGCGUUCUGGACACCCAGCUGAGCGUGGAGGCCUCGGUGGGCAUCGGCCUUGGCAUCGGCACGCUCUGCGGCCUGGUCACCAUGCUGGUUCGCAGCGUGGGCCUCUUUAUGGUGGGCCUGCUGCUGGGCCUGCUGGUGGCCGUGGCCACCCUGGUGGGCUUGGAGGAGCUUUCCGACAGCCCGCCGCGCUCCGUCUGGGUGCCCCUGGGUGUGCUGCUUGGCCUGGGCAUGCUGUUCGCCGUGCUCACCCUGCAGUGGCAGCGCCUCUUCACAACGCUGUCCACAGCGGUGUUCGGUGCAGCUGUCAUCACUGUGGCGUUGGACUACUUCGUGGAGCUCUUCGCUCUCGUGCUGUACAUGUACGAGCGAAUUAAAGCAGCGCCUGGUAAGCCUGUGUGCUGGCUGACGUGGGUGGUGCUCGGGGUGUGGCCUGCCCUCACCCUGCUGGGUGUCAUGGUCCAAUGGAAGGUGACCGCUGAGGGAUACUCCCAUACCAAGGUGAUCAUCAGCCGGCAGCAGAGGAGGAUGCAGGUGAUGCGGAUUCGUCAGCGAGACGAUCGCUAUCGCAACAAGAAGAAGAAGAAGCAGCAGCACGGCUCCACCUCCAACCAUCACCAGGCCAAGCAGCUUCACACUGAGCCCGCCUACCGCCGCAAGCCCAACCCUAUCCGCCGCUACGACACAGACGUCCUCUCGCCAAGCUACAUCCAGAGUUUCCGAGACCGGCAGGUGCAGGCGCAGCCCAUCCCGAGCCGGCUGGUCGGCCGACCGCACACCGUGGUGGAUAUGGGCUACGACUCCGGCUCCACGACUCCCCUCACCGGAGCUGCAGGACCUUCACUACGUGUCUGACCACUCCCACCUCUCAGAGGCCUGAAUACACCACAUGACUCUGCAAACACUACCCCACCUGGGUGUAAUCACACCUGAGCUACAACAAACCACCACUGCAAAGGGUUUAAACAUAAUCUGGGUUUAGCCACACCCCUAAAAGGAUGGAAAUAUAUUUAGGGCUGGAUUUACCCACAAUGCAAAACAUGUUUAACCCUUUACUAAUUGAAUUUUGGAUUAUAAAGCUCAGCUUUCCUUGUGUCUACCUGCUGGAGCCAUCAGCGUGGUGCAGAGGCUUGGUUGACCUCUUCUCUUUCAGUACAUUCAAAUGCACAAAUGCAUGCAUGCACUUACACAAACACGCACCGCAGCUACAAUCUUAAGGGCCGACGUGGAAACCCGAAGCAGCCUGCUGUACCCGGCCCCGGCCUGUUUGUCACCGUCUCAACUCAAACCAGAUCAGGGAUCUCAGUUUCAGUAAAACCCGCCUCAGGUUCAAACACAGGCAUCUUAAGAAAAAUCACAAUACAACUUAGCCCUCGUUCAGCGUGCUGUUUCUACUGCUGUCACCGACUUUCAACUGAUGGUGCCGAAGCAACUAGUUCCUCAGCCUGUAGGCGUCUUAAAAGUCCAACAAAGAUCAUCUAUAAAGGGAAGUAAGGGCCCUUAAAUGCAAACCGGGAUCUUUCAUUUUCUCUCUGUGCCAUCUGGACUACAAAAAUCGUCCUUGAAAUGGGGAAAGACGUCACCCUUGGUGCUGGACGAUACACUUCUUCAAGCGUCAAACUGCUCUCCUAUGGCUGGGGAAUCUGUUUAAACGGGUGCCUUGCUCCUCUGUGGACUGUACCACUCAGCAACCGGAGGGGGGUUACUGGCAGAUCUCCCAUCGACGGCUUGUUUCUGCAUUAAAUGUGAUCACAGAAGGAUGUUUCAGGGGGGUAGCCAUGGAGCUACAACAAGCAGGGUAAAAAAUACUGUUGGAGUCAAGUUGUCUUCACAGAUGCCUGGAUAUACGAGGAGGAUUUGCUUUUAGCUGACAGCAGAAAAAGCCACGUUUACACUGGCACCUCAUUUGAGAUUUCACAUAAAAAACGAUUUCGAGGAUUUUCGAGUAGAAACUACAAUCCCUGAUUAUUUUACAACCUGAAUUUCAUCCCUGCAGUGCAAACUGUUCGCACGCCAAGAGAUUACUUACGCUGCUAAGCAGAGAAUUAAUAUUUUUAUUUCAUAAGCAUAGCUGAAAGAUAUGUUUCACUUGUUCCAUCAUCUGUCUGAAACGUUGACUCUUUAGCUCCAGUUGCUUGUGCUGCAAACAAUCAAAAUCUGAGCAGUUUAAAAUGUGCAGAAGCAGCUGGUGAGAGCUACAAAUCUUCUCAUCUCAGAACUAGCAGGAUAAAAAAUAUAAAAAAUGAGAGUCAGGCUGAGAUGCCAGUGUAAAUAAGGCUCAUAGAGUCUGGAUGCAAACAGUGGACUAGUGGCCAUACCAACUUGUACUUAGACCAACAACUCCUUCCAUCAUGUGCAUUGAUUUCUUUAUUUGGGACAACAUAACAUUUCUGUCACCAGUGAAAAUGUGAAUACUUUGUUGUCGUCUUUACCUUUUUAAAGGAAAAGCAAGCAGCUGUGUGGGGAGGGGGGGGAUGUCUGGUACGUUUUUAUUCAUCCGUGGGAAACGGAGAUGCAUGACCUCACCCCUCCGUCCCGCCCCCGACCCCACCAAACACCCUCCACCCUUUCAUGUGCAUCAAUGUGAAAUUUGUACAUAAAACACAGCACUUACUAACUUUUUUUUGUUAUUUUUAUCAUUUCAUUUAAACCUUUCUUAGGAAUCUAAU